AUGGCGAUCAACACCGACGCGAGCUACCAGAAGAGCGCUCUGGGCGAGAGAGAGGCGUCCAACCCGUCGGACUUCCAGGACACGGAGAAGCUGCUGAGCGCCACCACCGCGGAGCCCACGGGCCAGAGCAACAUCAAACCCUCGGACUCCUUCACCCUCAACAUCCGGGGAAGCGUCCGCUCUCUGGAUGCGGAGCAGAACGGACACAGAUCGCCGCUCAAGUCCGGCUCGGUCGGGCAUCUGGCGACCCCGCCCAAGUCCCUGUCCCGGCUCAGCCUGGGCCCGCUGCCCUCGCAGGUCCCGCACGGGGCCGCUCCGCCCAGCUACCUGUGGCUGGCGGUGCUGUCGUGCCUGUGUCCCGGGGUGCCGCUCAACAUCUGCGCGCUGUGGUACGCCAGCGUGUCCAGGUCGGUUCUGAACACGGGAGACGUGGAGGGAGCCCGGAAGUACGGGCGCCUGUCCAUGCUGCUCAGCUGCCUGGCGAUGCUGCUGGGUGUGGCCGUCAUCAUCUUCAUCGUGUUUACAAUAGCAAGGGUGAAGCGGCUCCACGCCUCGUGUCUGCCUGUGGACCAGGCCGCCGACAUCACCCCUCAGAUUGAGAGGCCCCCGCCCAGCAGCGUGCAAACUGAGACUAAUGGUGAUGUGGAAGUGGUCUGA